AUGCUCCGUCCUUUCGCACUGGGCCGGUCCCUUUGGAGCGGCCAGCGCCAAGCGAUCGCACUGGAGCUGCCAGUGCUAUCGGCUGCGAGGGGAUUCGUGAGGAGGAAACACCUUAAGACAGCCUUAUUCUUUCCAGGACAUGGAGUGCAGCGAGUGGGCAUGGCAAGCCCGUGGAUGGACCACUUCCCUCAAAAGACGACCCGCAUGCUAGAUGAGAUGGACUCGAUACUUGGCUUGAAGCUCUCGGAAAUCAUAUUGGAGGGGCCGAACUCCAAGCUGAAUCAAACGGAGAAUGCGCAACCUGCCAUUAUGGCCAUUUCUGUUCUCAUCCUCCGAAUUCUAGAAGAGGAGUUCGGAUUCGAUACCCGAUCCCGCGUCGAUGUCACUCUCGGACAUAGUCUCGGUGAAUUCUCUGCCUUGGUGGCUGCGGGACAUUUGCGGUAUGCGGAUGCUCUCAGAUUAAUUCGCGGUCGAGCCGAGGUCAUGGCUCGAUGCACCCAAAAUAUGGUGGAACGGUGCGGCGAAAGCUUCGGUAUGGUGGCGCUCAUCUGCGAGCCGGACCGAAUAGAGGAUCUGCUGGCGACCGUUCAGGAGUUCUUGGGGCUGGCGACGUCCCGCUUGGAAGACACCAGUCGUUCGAUUCCGCCAAUCUCACAUGUCAUGGUGGCCAACAUCAAUUCACCAAAUCAAAUUGUCCUCAGCGGCAGUAUCCCGCGAAUCAAGGCUCUUUUGGUUCAGCUUCGUCAGUUCGGAGGCCACGACCCCCGUGCGGUGAGAUUGAACUGUGAAAGUCCAUUUCAUAGCCCAAUGAUGUCUCCAGCCACAGAUUACAUGAAGGACACCUUGGAAACAACCCCGGUCACAUUUCCUGCUAUACUGCCGUGCAUCUCAAAUGUCUCUGCGCGACCCUUUCAGUCAAAAGAAGAUUUGGUUGAAUUGCUAUCCAGGCAGUGCACUGCUACGAUUCGCUGGUGGGAUAGCGUCCGGUAUCUUCACCAGGAACGAGGGGCUCGACGGUGGAUCGGAAUCGGACCUGGAAAAGUGGGCCGAAACUUGGUCGGCAAAGAGGUCGGAAGAGUGGAUGUGAAAGGUGGUGGGGUCUGGGCAAUUUGCAAUCCGCGAGAAAUCGAGGAGAUGAUGGAAGCUUUGGAAAAGACCGAAGCAGAAGGUCCCACGGAAGACUAA